UGGAGGCUGAGGCGGCGGAGGGAGGUUAUGAGAAGGAUUUCGUCUUGUGACUUUUGUCCAGCGGAGGUUCGCAGACAGGCUCCUCCGGGGGUCGUCGUGGACUGCAAAGGGCCACUACAGCAUGGGAAGUCUUCAGGCUGACAUAGGGGAACUAGCACACCACCUGAAGCAAGAACGCCUAUUCCUCGAGGCUGAGAAACAACAGAUCCAAAUAUUAAAUGAAAAGGUUGUGAAGACUAUAGAGCGAGUGUAUCAGGCAUCUUGGGUCCGUGGUGAGCAACAGAGAAACUACGAUGAUCUUGUUCUGCGACCCCAUUCCUCCCCCCCGGCGUGCUGCCAGAGAGCCAACCUCCUCAAUCAGCUGAAGUUCAUCGAUGGAUACAAAGUGCUGGGAUUCAAUGAAUCUCUGUAUGGAGACCUAUUGUCAAGUUUACGUGAUAAUCCACGACUAGUUGCAAAAUGCCUGGUUUUGGGGGAGAACCAGAACCAGGAGGCCAUGCAGGUAGCCGCGGGAACUAUGUUCUCGUCGGUGUACGGCAACUGCCUCCUGCCAGAUGAUGAAACAUUAGUCCUGAAUCUGCUGAAACAUUUGAUGGAGCUACAGCUUGCCGUCUCAGAGACUCCUCGACGUUUGCUGCGACGCGGGUCCUGUGCAUUCAGCCAAAUCUAUCGUUCAUAUGUAGACACGCUUCCUCAGGCCAAGGUAUUCCUAACAGCAGCAUUACACCAACCAAUCAUGCAGCUCCUGAUGGAAGACGAACUGUUUCUCGAUAUUGACCCUGCCAAGGCUGCGGUUCGCUUCCCCCCAGAGGAGCGGCUUAGAAGGUUUGGUCAAGAAGGCACACCCGAGUACACGGCUGCUCUUGCUAAAUACCGAGCCUGGACUAUUGCCAAGCUUGUCAAAAUUGCAAACAGGUUCAUGGAGAGCAUUAAGGAAGCAAUGAACUGCUUCCCACCCCAGUUGUCGUGGCUCGUAAGAGUGCUGUACGACGUGCUCCUAACGGCCAAGAGAGCUGACACCAGAGAGGUUAGCGCAAUCUGCGUGGACUUGGUCUUCGCACUGUUUCUCUGUCCAGCCCUCAUCUCACCCGAGCCGCACGGAAUCUGUGAUGCACCGAUCUCUCACAUUUCCAGGUUUAAUCUCAUUCAGGUUGCUCAGAUACUGCAGGUGCUGGCAAUGAGUCGCUGGGAAACGCCAGAUAGCCGACUCUCAGAUCUGUACUCAAACUUUGACAAAGAGGUCAUAUCAGGUGUUGUGGACAGCAUUGUUGAAGGGGGAGGGUCAGAGGCCCCUCCACCUGGGAUCUCUUGCCUCAACAGUCCCCUGAGUACCUUAGUCCGGUCGUCAAUAUUGAUCCCGGAGCCUCGUCUACAUUCACUUGUCUCAUUCCUUUUUAGUAUACUUGGUGAAUUGCCAGAUGAUGAUAUUACCCGUAAAGAACUGGAAGCAGCAAUUGGCCGCUUGAAGCCAAGCCACAUCACUCCUCCUCCGACUACAUCCCAGCCUGGGGUCCCCUCGGCCAGUUCAGCCACGCCCAAGAAAAAUCUGUUAGGGAGAGUGAAAUCCAAUAGGAAUAGAUCAAGCAAGAGUGCAAGUGAGGGCAGUGGUGACUCUGAUUCCAUAGGGUCAACACAGGACUCUACCACCAGUUCUAGUCAGCUCCCUGCUCAAGGCAGCAUUGAUGAGGGCGAGGUGAUGCCUGCCUCCCUAGACUAUGACACGGUCCUUGUGAUAUCCCUUAAUGUCUCCAGCCCACCAGAGUGCCCAGGCCUCAUGUCUGAGGAGAAGGUCCUCUCUACGCUGCAGGUUUCUGGCCCCCCCCUCCAGGCAACCAAACCUACCUCCCGCGUCAGAAUGAAUGUGGAAGACGAUGCAGAUGGAGGUGGAGGAGAGGCCACCAUUGAGAAGCGGACACGGUUUUCCCUGUCCCAUGAUGAGGGCUCCAUCGGCAAUACUUCAGACAACUUGGAGGCCAUUAGUGAAGCUGCCAGCAACCAUAGUGUGGCUUCCAGUCUUGAUGAUGUGGAGCAGGAGGAUCAACCAGACAACCUGUCAGAUAUGGUGUCUGCCAAUGUCUCUGGACGAGGGACACCAAAUGUAUCUGGCCGUGACACUCCUUCCUCCCAGGUGACAGAAGGGGAGGAAGUUGGACUUAGGGGCGGAGCAGAGAACCACCCUCCAGCGGCCAACAUCCCAGUGACAGUCCCCAAACCGGCGAGAGCAGACAUUGAGGAGAAGUUUGGGAGAUUUGAAAUUAAGCCUCUCAUAGGGGGUGAUGAAACGGUAUCACUUGUGUCAGACACAUGGAGCACUGAUGUGUUGGCUAGUGAUUCUGAGACCAUUGAGGCAGCUGACAGGGCAGACCGUGGGGACCAGUUCCAUGAUCAGCUGCUAAACCGCCAUUUAGCAGAACUGGACAGGAUGCAAGGAGACUACCUCAGUGGAGAUGCAGCUGGUGAGACCUUUGAGACAGCCUCAGAGGCAUGGAGCACAGACGUCCUGGCCUCAGACUCAGAAAGGAUGACUGAGUUUGACACCGAUGAUGCACAGAGUGUGGCUCGAUCAGAUGACACUGGACGGUCAGAAGUGGAGGUUGAGCUUGGUGGGAGUGACUUGCUAAGGCCAGAACCCUUGAAUCAGCAAGAGGAUAACAUCACCCCACGUGCACAGGGUUCACGAUCCCCUGUGGAGGGAGCUUUUGGUGGGGGCAGUAGUAGUGGUAUAUUAAAACCCAUGCCUGUUUUGCCCCCAUCCCUAGGGUUAGAAUCUGGAACUAGCACACCCAGUGGCAUCCUGAAACCCAUUCCCAUAAUUCAGAAUAGAGCAGGAAGACCCGCAACACCACCAAGAGUAGAGUUUCAGCCCAUUCGCCAUGCAGAAGACAUUGAUCGACCAGAGUCAGAAGAGCCAGAGGGUGAAAUGUCUCAGGCAGAUCAGGAAAUCGCUUCAGCCACGCAGAGUCUGGGACGUCUGAGCCUAAACCUUUCAACAUUACCAAACAAUGGCAUUGUGUCUGGAGACCAACACCUACUGUUGAACACCUUUAUUGGGGAGAGUAGCAGAACCGUAACAACUGCCCCCCUGAUUGACUUGGGAAGCAGUGGUGAGAGCAGCCACAUGGUUGCCCCAGUGGUAGUUCAUCCUCACCACAAGCUUGUGUCCAGUGAUCGAGGCUCUGGGGAGGACAGCAGCCUACACCUAAGCACUACAAGCUUAGCCUCAUCAAGCAGCUCAGGUUCGGAUGUGGUUGGGGGCUCGGGUAAGAUAAGGUCAGCUUCCAAUGCUAGCUCAGGUCCAACCACAGACUCGGUAGACACCCCAGAACCUGUUGCCCCGCCUGUCAGCAUGGCAGCCACGGGAGCAAUACCAAAAAGUAUUAGUUUCGACAAGACAGCUGAACGAGGGGAUCGUGAUUCCAUGGAGGGAGAUGCAAAGCACAAGCGGGGCUUUUUUAAAAACUUUAAGCUGCCGGGGUUCAAGGGCCGUCGCAAGCCAGGCACUCGCUCGGGUGAUGAUUCAUCUUUCAUGCGUGCAGGAAUGGCUGGACAGGAAAUUAACAUGAGAAGAACUCUCUCAGAAGAUAACAGACCUCCAACCAUUGAGGAAACUAGUGAUGACAUUCUAGCCAAGUAUCGGAAGAAGCCAGAGGUGGACACGUCUGAAACAGAUGGCAUUUCUGGUGUGGAGCAUAAUUUGCAAGUGAAUGACAUUCCGAAGACGGAGGAGGAUGAGCGUCUUUUCAUAGAUCCAAACAACAUCGAGUCAAGUUACGCAUUCACAGAUGCCAAGAGAAAGUUGAGAUUAGUUCUGAGUAUUGCAGAUUUCUCCAUGUCCCCAUAUCUCCCUGAAUUUGGUGCACCAACAGGUUCAGAUGGUACAAGCCUAGACAGUGAUGUACUAACAUGGUUACGGUGCCAGCUGGCCGAGGCAACCAACCUCCACGAUCGAUCCUUGGUGGCUCAGUUGCAUGAAACAAUUCGUUGUGUUCAGCUCUUUGAUACUCAGGGCCGUGAAAGGCUGGUCAGAAGUUUGACAGAGGACUACCGCAGCAGGUCACCUUACGUCGCAUACCUCGUUCGCAGCAGACAGGGGCUGCUGACUACCAUUGCUCAUCUGGAUAAACUCCUUGCAAGAAUAGAUGCUGAUACGGAAGUUGUCAUGUCGUCUAUUGUUGGAGUAUGCGUGAGAAUGUUCCUUGAGCGGCGGGAGCAUAACCUGAGUCGCUUCACACAUGAAUUCACAGUGCUGACUGUCCCAGAUGAAAAAGUUCAGCUGGUUGAAAAUUUCCUGUCGCAACUUUAUAACGAAUUGGAACGAGAUCCAAUGUGGAUUAGUAGCACCAACGACCAGCUAAAUGCAGCACGAUUAGCUUUGGAAAGAGUCGUUAUGUCUCAUAUCUACAUCCACGCUCUCUAUCCUAAUGGGGAUGGAGAUGUAUCUCGUGAUCAGGUUCUUCAUGAACACAUGAAGAAGCUGUCUGCAGUUAUCACUCCAGCUCACAAAGACUUAAGAAUACCCAAGCUUUACCAGUACGAGUGUCCUUGGCCGAGCGCGCAAGCUGAAAUUAUCUGCAUCAGUGCUUACAAGACUGCGGGUGACAAACUCCAGUGUGUGGUGAGGGCUUCCCAAACCAUUAUGAAUUUGCUUUCUCUAGCACAUGAACAGUCUGUUCCUGCUGCAGAUGACUUCAUGCCAGUUCUUGUAUAUGUCCUUAUAAAAGCAAACCCACCAGCACUUUUAUCAACGGCACAGUAUGUUAAUUUAUUCUUCGAACAACGGCUGAAGGGAGAGGAUCAGUAUUGGUGGACACAGUUCUGUGCUGCUAUUGAAUUCAUCAAGACAAUGGACUACACACUCUGACCUGCUGACUACAUCUCCAGAAUCAGAUAUUGUACAUGUCACUAAUACCAAAUGAUUCCAUGCUGAUUGUUAUUAUUGUUAUUAUGACUGAUUACAUUUGAAAGCAGAUUGCUUCCCUUUCAAAGAAUAAGUAAAAAAUUAUAUAUAUAUAUAUAUAUAU